UUCUAAAAGAAUAAAUUAAAAUAUAUGCUAUAUUAUUAUUUAUUUAUAUUAUCAAUAAAAAAUAAUAUUCAGACCAAACAAAUAUUUUUGAUAGUCUAGACUCAAGCUUACUGGUUUAGGCUCACAUAAACCCUGACAAUUCAAACCUAUAGCCGCUCGGAGCAUAGACACCGGAGAGUUUUCGUCGCCGGCUUUGCUACCGGAGUGACCGAACCACCAGCUUCUGCUCCUGUAAGCUUCGGUGCGAGCCAACCACCUUCUGUAAAGAGCUGAGUGGCAGGGCCCAAUGGUGGUUGUAAACUCCAGGUACUUGCCACCCCUUGAAUACAUUGUUAAGCUUUUGAAACUCUCUGCUGAUGCCAAAUGCCUAACCUCUGGCAAAGCUAUCCAUGCUCAGUUGCUUGUCCGCGACCAAGCUUCGAAGCGCUCUGAUGUUGUUCAACUUAACUCCCUGAUUCAUCUGUAUGUCAAAUGUGGCCGGUUGCGUCUUGCGCGAAGCAUGUUUGAUAAAAUGCCCCUUAGGGAUGUGUUUUCUUGGAAUGAUUUAAUGACUGGGUAUAUGCAUAGUGGGAACUACUUGGAAGUCCUUGUGCUAUUCAAAAACUUGGUUUCGAGUUCGACAACGCAACAUGCGUGCCCCAAUGAGUAUGUGUUUACCACUGUUCUUUCUUCUUGUUCUCAUAGUGGGAGAGUCCGAGAGGGGAUGCAGUGUCAUGGGUAUUUGUUCAAGUAUGGAUUGGUGUCUUAUCAGUUUGUGAAGAGUGCACUUUUCAACAUGUAUGCAAGAUGCUUACAUGUUAACUUAGCACUGCAGGUUUUGAAUACAGAAUCGGGUGGGGAUGAAAAUGAUAUUUUUUUGUACAACUCUUUAUUGAAUGUGCUUGUGGAAUCUGGGCGUUGGGAAGAGGCUAUUGGAGUUUUGAGGAGGAUGGGGAAUGAAUGUAUGGUCUGGGAUAAUGCUACAUAUGUUGGUGUGAUGGGCCUUUGUGCUCAGAUUGGAGAUCUGCUAUUGGGUUUGCGAGUUCAUGCUCGAUUGUUGAGAGGUGGUUUGUUGUUUGAUGAAUUUGUUGGUAGCAAGCUAAUAGACAUGUAUGGAAAAUGUUGUCAUGUUUUGAAUGCAAGGAAAGUUUUUGAUGGAUUGCAGAACAGGAAUGUGGUUGUAUGGACAUCCCUCAUGUCUGCUUACUUGCAAAAUAGAUAUUUUGAGGAGACUUUGGAUCUGCUUACUUGUAUGGAUCAAGAAGAUACUCUGCCUAACGAGUGCACUUUCAAAGUUUUGCUUGGUGCUUGUGCAGGUAUAGCAUUAUUGAAACAUGGUGAUCUAUUACAUGCUCGGCUUGAGAAGUUAGGCUUCAAGAAUUAUGUCAUUGUCAAUAAUGCUUUGAUAAAUAUGUAUUCUAAGAGUGGCGACAUUGAUUCUUCAUAUAAUGUGUUCUCUGAUACGAUGUGUCGAGAUGUCACCACUUGGAAUAGUAUGAUAUGUGGGUAUUCCCAUCAUGGACUUGGUCAAGAAGCUUUACGGGUGUUCCAAGACAUGAAGUCUGCUGGAGAAUCUCCAAACAAUGUAACCUUCGUUGGGGUUCUAUCUGCAUGUGCACAUUUGGCUCUUGUAGACAAAGGACUUGACUAUUUGUAUAAUGAAAUGAAAAACCAUAAGAUUGAGCCAGGGUUGGAGCACUACACUUGCAUGGUUGUACUUUAUUGCAGAGCUGGUUUGCUCGAGAAAGCUGAGAACUUCAUGAAGACAACAAAGGUGAAGUGGGACAUUGUUGCUUGGAGAACUUUGCUUAAUUCAUGCCGUGUUCAUCGAAAUUAUGACUUGGGAAAACGAAUUGCAGAAUCUAUCUUACAAAUGGACCCUCAAGAUAUGGGGACAUAUACCUUACUAUCAAAUAUGCAUGCCACGGCGAAUAUGUGGGAUGGAGUUGUGGAAAUUCGGAAAAUGAUGAAGGAAAGAAAUAUUAAGAAGGAACCUGGAGCAAGUUGGUUAGAGAUCAGAAAUGUUAAUCAUGUAUUUGUUUCAGAGGGCUGCAAACAUCCAGAGUCUAAUGAAAUUAACAAGAAGGUACAACAGUUGUUGGCAAUGAUUAAGCCUUUGGGAUAUGUGCCAAACAUUUCCGCUGUGUUGCAUGAUGUGGAGGAUGAACAGAAGGAGGGUUAUCUAAAUUGUCACAGUGAGAAGUUGGCGAUAGCAUAUGGCCUCAUGAAAAUGCCUUCACCAGCACCCAUCCGCAUAAUAAAAAACCUUCGGAUGUGUGAUGAUUGCCACACUGCUGUGAAACUAAUAUCAAAGGUCACAAACAGGUUCAUAAUUGUCAGAGAUGCUAACCGUUUUCAUCAUUUUCGAGAUGGGUCUUGUACUUGUGCAGACCACUGGUAGCAUUUUUGUAAGGUUUAUAGUCAUGAUUCUUUAGUGAAUAUUGUAGGUUCAACACCACUAUUUGCAUGUGCUGCAGCUUAAGGAAAGCAGGAGCAUAGUUUGAGAAUGUCCAUUCAAUAUGGAUAACAUCUGUGUAAAUAUUAAUGGUCUUGUUGUGGUCUUAGAUUCUUGAAAUCAAUUCCAUUUUGAUGGUAUAAAUAAAUUAUUUUAUCUUCUUGAAAUACUUGUACUUUCAAUGUCGGAUUGAAAAACGGAAUCUCCUCUGAAGUCUGAAAUGGUUGACA